GCGAGUGCGCGCGCAUGAAAAAAGGGCGAUCGGCAUCGGUUGCGUGUCUGCGAGUGCACGAGAAAGGGAGCGGGCGAAGGUUGGCGAAGAAGCGUACGGGGGACUCGGACAGACUGUUGAAACAUGGCGUCUUCGAAUAUGGAGGAAGAUGAGAGCCUGAAAGGGUGUGAAGUUUACGUCCAAAAACACAACAUCCAGCAAAUCCUAAAGGAAUGUAUUGUUAGCCUCUGCAUUGCCAAACCUGAUCGACCAAUGAAAUUCUUGAAAGAAUACUUUGAUAAACUGGAAAAGGAAGAAGGAAAACAAAUCUUGGCUCGCCAGAAGUCCAAUUCUCAGUCAGACUCUCAUGAUGAUGAGAUCUCACCACCACCUCCAAAUCCUGUUGUAAAAGCAAGACAUAGAAGAGGUGGUGUCAGUGCUGAAGUAUAUACUGAAGAAGAUGCAGUAUCCUAUGUUCGAAAGGUUAUACCAAAGGACUACAAGACGAUGACUGCACUUGCAAAAGCUAUUUCUAAGAACGUUCUUUUUGCUCAUCUUGAUGAUAAUGAACGAAGUGACAUCUUUGAUGCCAUGUUUCCAGUGACUCACAUUGCAGGAGAAACCGUCAUUCAACAAGGUGAUGAGGGUGACAAUUUCUAUGUGAUCGACCAGGGUGAAGUUGAUGUCUAUGUAAAUGGCGAAUGGGUUACAAACAUUGGAGAAGGCGGCAGUUUUGGAGAGCUUGCUCUGAUUUAUGGCACACCAAGAGCCGCAACAGUUAAAGCCAAGACAGACCUCAAGCUGUGGGGAAUAGACAGAGACAGCUACAGACGCAUUCUCAUGGGUAGCACACUGAGAAAGCGGAAGAUGUAUGAGGAAUUCCUGAGCAAGGUCUCCAUUUUGGAAUCUUUGGACAAAUGGGAGCGUUUAACUGUGGCUGAUGCACUGGAACCUGUCCAGUUUGAAGAUGGGGAGAAAAUUGUAGUCCAAGGCGAACCAGGCGAUGACUUCUUCAUUAUCACAGAGGGCACUGCUUCAGUCCUUCAACGUAGAUCAGAUAAUGAGGAAUAUGUGGAGGUUGGAAGACUAGGACCUUCAGACUAUUUUGGUGAAAUUGCCCUUCUCUUGAAUCGGCCGCGAGCAGCAACUGUAGUUGCACGUGGUCCACUGAAAUGUGUCAAGCUGGAUCGUCCACGCUUUGAACGAGUUCUGGGUCCAUGCUCUGAAAUUCUCAAGAGAAACAUUCAACGAUACAAUAGUUUCAUUUCUUUGACUGUUUAAAACUUUUGGAUCCAUUGCUGCCUUUGUGUUACUUUGUGCAAUUAACUUGAGCUGUAUUGUUGUGUAUUAAUGCGUUUUAUGUAAGACUUCCAACUGAUUUUUAAAAGAACCUCAGAAUCCAACAGGAAGAGUUCGUAAUCUGUUGAGCAAAAGUUCUAAACGUUGCUGCUUUUUUGUCAAUGAAAUUUGAUAAUGGAUUCCAGUUUUACUGCUUUAUCUACUACUUUAGGUCACUGCAGCAUUGAAAUAAAUUUACUUGAGAAUGAUCAUACAUUUUGCUAGUUAAAUGUAAUUUGUUUCUUUGUUUACAAUAUUGUUUUAAACAAUGUUUCUUGUGAUUUCCACACAUUGAAUAAUUUAGAGUUCUCAAGUUUGUAAUUCAUGGAUUGCAAUGUGUUAUACUUGAUCAUACCACCUUGAGUACCUAAUGCUCUGACCAUAAAGUUAAAAAAUGAGUGUAUCAUGCUGAACAGGCGAAAUUGUGACAAAACUGCACAUUCUAUGAUAAAUGAAAAGCCAAAUUAAAGGAAUAUUCUUCAAA